AUGUUUCUCCACGAUAUCGAGGUAGCAGACAAGUCCACUCUGCCGUACGAUGCUCACAGCAUCCAAAGGCUGCUCGAUCGUUUGCCAAUAUUUUCAGGUGAUUUAUCGAGCCACGUUCGAGAGACUCGACAGCAGUCACAAACGCCGCUUCGCCCACCACCAUGUCUUGAUAUCCGCGGACGUUCUUAUGAUCGCGCUCGCACUGUACCCUUACUUGGCCAUCGUUACUGGGCUUGCUGGCCUCAGUACCUCUUCUUCGUCGGAGCCAAAGCUACUAUGGACGACAUCACGAUGAUUGCGACGUCCAUCUUCAUCGGCAUGUACUUGAAUGAGCUGUUGUAUAUCAGCUCGGAUAUACAUCCCGUCAGUGUCUUUCAUCACCUUCGAGCGGUGAUUGUUGCACUUGUCAUGGUUACCAGGAACGUACGCUGGGAGGUCGAGGCCAACACUACGGCUUAUACGGUGCUGAUCAUGACAUACGAUCGGUUUCCUCUUCGUCGCCAAUCAAGAUCUCAUGCUAAUGCUCGAAGUAGGUAUCUUCGACAUCCUAGCCGGUUUUGUCGCUCGAACUACCUGGCCGGAAAGCAUCGCAUGAACAUGUGGUUUUGCUAUGCCGCUAUGAUUCUCACUAUCCUCGGUACGAUCAGCGAGACCAUCGUCACUAUAUCUUUCUAUAAGUUAAAUUUCCUUGAAUGGUCGUUCAGUGUUCAAGUUGCGACACUGAUUCUGCGUGUCGUCUUCAUGGUCGCUCAGGAGAUGAGCUUGAGGAUGAUGCGGAAGCUGGCCGAGAAGCACAGGAAUCAUUUGAAGCAACUUCAAGCUAUCGAGAAGGAUAUUGAGCUGUCGAGCUCCGUUGAGAUGGGUGGAGCACCGAGUAGCCGCUCUGCCUCGCAAGGAUCCAGCACUUUAUGAGAGAGCAAGGUACGUUAUAUGGACGCACGUUUGUGUGAGGGAAGAAAAUCCUUCCCUCGUCAAUGUAGAGAUCGACAGAAAGAGAUGACAAGGUAAAGUUGGGCGCUCGGUUGAAAGGGCUGAGCGAUCUAAGGCGGACCAGAAUGUGAUGAUUUCGGGUGGGGUAUUGAUUAUGGUCUUUAUUUCUUUUUCCAGUGGAGCAUAAACGCUAUCGGAGCCUCUGACGUGGACCAGUACUCCCGACAGGGUUUUUGAUAUGCUUGUAAUUUUUGCUUUCGCCCGACGAAUUGAUGUUUAGGCCUUUGCCCAAAAUGACCUGGCCAUUGCUUGUCUUCGAUCUAGGUCUAGCAAUACACUAGUAGUAAAUAGAGGAUAUUGCAGGGGAAUAAUCAGUAGUUUGAGCCUUGUCGAUCGUCUAUAUUGAGUCAGCAUCCAAUCA